AUGAUUCUAAGUGAAACCGAACGGAUUGAAAUUCUUAUGAUGAUCGGAUAUGGUGAUAGAAUUCGAACUCAUGAGGAAGUUUGUGUUUUGUUUAAUGAAAUUCAUCCCAAUCGUCCACCAAUAAAUCGAUCCACGGUUAGCCGAACUGAAGCAAAGUUUCGAAAUCAUGGUCAUGUUAAAGAUAUGCCCAGAUCUGGCCGACCGACUGUAGAUGAAGAAGUGCAGUUACAAGCCCUUUUGACCAUUCAUGAAAACCCGCAAUCCAGUCUGAGAGUCGUAGCAGAUAAUUUAGGAAUGAGUGAAAGUACAUUGAGUAGACUUCUUCACAGAAACAAGUAUCAUCCCUACAAAGUCCACUUAGUACAAGAAUUAUGUGACGAUGAUUUCGACAGACGCACAGAAUUUUGCGAAAUGAUGAUGGAAGAAUGUCAGGCAGAUCCGGAUUUUGUGAAACGCAUAAUUUUCUCCGACGAGGCGUCUUUUUAUUUGAAUGGCACCGUCAAUAAACAGAAUUGUCGGUACUGGUCAGAUCGCAAUCCACAUUGGAUGAUGGAAGCACACACUCAGCAUCCCCAAAAGGUCAAUGUUUGGGCCGGAAUUGUUG